CGGGGCCCCUGGCAGCGCCGGUGGGCGUUGGUUGGUGCUGGGAGCCGGUCCCGGUGCCGGUCCCGGGCGUGCGGGCGGCGUCGCCCCGCUGCCUCGCACCCAAGUGUUCAAAGGGCUCCGGGAGGUGCAAGAGCCUUCCCGGUGCGGGGAGCUGCGUCCGGCGCUGCCGGUGCGCCGUGAGGGUGGCGCCGCCGGCCCCGGGCCCGCAGCGGCCUGGCGCAGGGCGGCCUGCGCGGGGGGGAGGGGGCCGUGCCGGGCAGGGGGUCCCCACCCCCUCUGCUGUGCCCCUGCGCAAGUCUGCCCACGGCAGGCUGCUGCCUGGGGUCGCGAAGCUGCCUCGGGCUGCCGUUGCGGUGAUGGAGCCAGCACCUGACUUUCAGCCAGUUCAGUUCCCCCUCGGUUCGGGGGCAGGGUGGUUAUUUUAGAGGCAUAAACUGGGUGAGGAAGUGCAGGUGAGGCUGCAGGUGCUUCCCGGGCAGCCUAGGUUGAUACAAGCCAAUGCUGUGCUGGUCCUGCCCAUUUUGUUCAUUAAUAUGAGCCAGCACUGCCUCAUCCUGCCCGUUUUGUUCGAAGCUGUGCAGCCCUUCGUCUCCGUAGAGCUACUGGGGGGGACGCACGGCAGCUCCGGCUUCAGGCAGCAGACGGUCCUUGUGCCGGCACACCUGUAGCUGCAGCAGCUUCCCCUUCCAUGCAGCGGGGCCAGGCUGCAGCAGCGCUGGUCGGGGCUGAUGGCCUUCUGAGGUGCCAGCUGCCACGGUGGGACAGAGCAGUUUUGCCCACGGAAAUGGCGUGCAGGGUUUGUACGCUGUGGCCAGCUCUGCGAGCGCUGACAGCUCGGGAGCUUGGGUCAGGACGCGGCAGGAUGGGCGCAGUCGGUUGGGACAGCUUUGCCCUCUGCUGCUUGGGCGUCACCUGAGCCCCGUCAUGUGCGGAGGAGGCUUUUCUGAGACCCGCCGAGGAGAGUCGGUUGUGUCGGCGAGACCUAAGUAUCGCUGCUGUGCUGGAAACCCGCGCAGAGGCCUUCGCCUGGGGGAAGGGCACCAGCGCUGCCCUCCCCGGCCGGCGCCGCAGUUGCCUUUUCCGGCCUUGCGCGGCCCCCGCCGCCCCGCGGGCUGCCCGGCGGCGGCACGGCUCGGCCUCCGCGCGGCCCGGCCCCGCCUGGCCCGGCCCCGCAGUGGCGGCAGGAAGCACGGGACGGCGGCGGCGGCGGCGCGGACGGCCGCGAGCAAGGGCGGCGGCGGCGGCGACAGAGGGGCGGUCGGUCGGUCGGUCCCCGGCGCGGCCCGUGCGGCUGGAGCAGCGAGUGGACCUACGGAAGCCUGAGGCAGAAGCCACUCCUGUGUUGCUGUUGGGUUUGUUCCCAAGGCCGUGGUUGUCCAGCUGUCGGUGUCUGCAGUGCUGUCUCUCCGCUGCUCUGAAGGAGUUCUGCAUAUAAAUAUUUCCUGAAAGAGAUGAAAAAAGGACCAGAAAGUGUAACGUGUUCCCUUGAUGGAAUUCCAGGCAAAUUAGCAGGGUCAAAUCCUGACAGUAACACCAGCAAUGGAGCCUCAGCAAAAGAGAAAGACAUCCUGCCUUCUCCUGAAGAACUGGAAACUGUACAGCUGAAACCCAGUAGAGAAAAACCCAGAAAAAAACUAUGUGGCUAUUUAAAUAAACUGGGCAUCAAAGGGCCAAUCAAGACUUGGAAGUCUCGCUGGUUCUUUUAUGAUGAAAACAAAUGCCACUUACUAUACUACAGAACUGCACAGGAUGUCAACCCUUUGGGGACUAUCGAUCUCUCCAGUGCCAGUCUGGACUGCAAGUUAGAAAAUGGGGAAGGGAUUUUUGAGAUCAAAACACCAAACAGAGUUUUUACUUUGAAGGCAAUCAGCAAACAGGCAAUGAUGUACUGGCUGCAGCAGCUACAAAUGAGACGUUGGGAAUUUUGCAAUGCUCAGAGCAGAUUUCCUGUGGGCAGCUCCCAGCUUGUGAAUGAACCACUGCUUGGCAGAACAAAUGUUGUUGACAGUGAAGACUUUCUGCCCCCAGUCAAAACACCAACAGAAGCGGUGGGUUUAAAGGCAGCCUCUUUGCCUGCACCCCAAACAUCUACUGCUUUGCAGAACAUCUCCCUUAAGCACCCCUGGACAGAGAUACAAAACACUGUCUACAAUAUCUGUGGCUCCAAGCAGUUCUGGGGGAACAAUGGGAAUGUCUUUAAUUUUGAUGAAUUCCAGGAGCAUCCCGAGAACCCGGAUGAGGAGCAAGAGGCAGAAAUGGAGGCAGGGUGUGCAGUUAAGCAAGGUACUCUGGAGGAUGGGAGGAUAGAGCCCAGGUUGAACUGGACCAGGAAGGCCAAGUGGAUGAACAGUGGCUUCCCAGGCUUGGCUGAAGAGUUGCAUCGGGAGAGGAGCCCAGUGGAGAAAGUGGGUGUCCUACAGCAACAGAUCCUGACACUCACAGAAGAAGUCAAGUCACAGAAGGAGCUGGUUAAACUUCUCCACAAAGCUCUGGAGGCAGCCCAACAGGAGAAGCGAGUGUCCUGCAUGUACCUCACUGCAGCAGAGGAUAAGGACAGGCUGGAGCUGGUGCGCCACAAAGUGAGACAGAUUGCAGAUCUAACCAGUCGACUGGAAGCUUUUGAGAAAGAAAAGAAGGAGCUGGAGCAGACACUAACCCUGAGAGAGAGCCACAUCCAGGAACUCAAAGAGCAUGUGCAGCUUCUGAUGGAAAAGAACCAUGCCAAACAGCAAGUCAUCAUGGCCUUGACGGAGCAGAUGGCCCGGGAGCUCUCUGAUCCUCUGCAGGAAACCAACACUAUUGCUGUAGAAACAUUGUAUAAACAGCAGGAGGAGAUUGAGCACUUGAAGGAUGAUAUUGAUGCAUACAAAACACAGAACCAGUUUCUGAACUCAGAGAUCCACCAGGUUACUCGACUCUGGACAAGCGUUGCUGAGAAUGAGAAAGCACUUCUGAUGAAGUGUGCCUGCCUGCAAGCCCAAAACUGCAAGAUGGAGAGCAAAUACCUGAUGGUCUUGCGGAAGCUGCAGGAAGCUGUGCCUCUCCUGCCCAGCUCCCAUGCUGAGUUGGUGAGGAGCCUCAUCCAGGAAGCACUCCAGUGGGAUGUGAAGGAAGAAGCAGAGGAAGGUCUUAACCUGAACCCUGUAAGUGAGUAUGAUGAGUAUGGAUUUAUGACUGUGCCUGAAUAUGAAGUUGAGGACUGGAAACUUCUGGCCAAAAUCCAAGCCUUGGAGAUAAAAUCCAACAACCUGCGGAGCCAGGAGGUAGUGGAGAAGCCUCUCCGUGACAGGUGGAAUAGUGUUGGAGAGCUGAGCCCCUCUGCAGAGCUGAAGAGCCUGAUCCGAAGUGGCAUUCCUGUGGAACAUCGCCAGCGGGUCUGGAGGUGGAUUGUCAGCCGACACUGUAGCCACCCCCCUGACCACUACCAGCGGUUGUUAAGGCAGAGUGAGAGCACCGAGCACCCUGCUUGCCGGCAAAUUGAGCUUGACCUGCCCCGCACACUGACCAACAACAAACAUUUUUCCUCUCCUACCUCCCCGCUCAUCCCCAAGCUCCGGAGGGUGCUGCUGGCUUUCUCCUGGCACAAUCCUGCUAUCGGAUACUGCCAGGGACUGAACAGAUUGGCAGCUGUUGCUCUCCUGGUACUGGAAGAUGAGGAAAGUGCAUUCUGGUGCCUAGUCCAUAUUGUGGAGAAUCUAAUGCCUGCAGACUACUACAGCAACACACUGAUAACAUCACAGGUAGAUCAGAGAGUCUUCAAAGACUUCCUGUCAGAGAAGCUGCCUCGCCUCAUGUCUCAUUUUGAGCAGUACCGGAUUGAUGUCUCCCUCAUCACUUUCAAUUGGUUUCUGGUAGCCUUUGUGGACAGCUUGGUCAGCGACAUCCUCCUGCGAGUGUGGGAUGCCUUCUUGUAUGAGGGAACUAAGGUGAUUUUCCGCUACGCUCUUGCGAUUUUUAAAUACAAUGAGGAGGAAAUCUUAAGAAUUCAUGACAAUGUGGAGAUCUACCAGUACCUACGUUUUUUCACAAGGAUGAUCGUGGAUGGCAGGAAGCUGAUGAACAUCGCCUUCAAUGACUUAAAUCCCUUUCCCAUGAAACUGCUGAGGAACCGGCGGACAAUGCACAGGGAAGAGAUGGAAACAGAGCUGUGUGAGCUGGAACAGAUCAAGGCAGCCUAUGUAAAAGAGAGAGCAGAGCAGGGACCUCAGGACCUGAAAGAGGUUGUUAGUGAAGAGGAAGAAGAAAUUUAGCAAAAAGAGAGUUCCUCAUCACUCCUCUCCCACCUCCCAGAAGGUCUCCAGUAGCAACUCUCUGUAAGAGAAGAAGCAGACGGGGGUAGGUGAUCACAGUAGGAGUUCAUCUGCCCCUGGAAGCAAGGCUGUAGAUAUAGGACCACUUGGGGACCAAGCCAGGCUUUGUAAUGGUUUGGAAGGUCUCAGAGGGAUUUUGUCCUCCCCCACACUUUCCCCAUCCAGUGCACAUUGUCCUGUGCAGUUCAGGACUCUAGUUGAAGACCCAUAGGAAGUAUUAAUUGUGGUACUGGGUCAGAAGUUCACAUGGUGCAAAUGACCCAUAGUGCCAGGCAGGGCUUUUCCACCUUUUCUGAUGGAGGCUUGAAAGAGAUCUUUAUGUACGAGUAAAACCACUAAAAAUAUUGAACCAAGAGCACUCACUCACUGGUGCCUAAAGCUUCUGAACUGGUUAGAGGGAGAACCUGCUUUUUGAAUGUGUGCUGCCUUCUUUCACUAGUCUGCCAGGAUACUGUGUGUUUAAUGCUGAAGUUACUGUCUGAGCGAUGCCACAUUCUCCAGGUGACAGUGGAUCCUGAGGGAGACCCAGGAGCUGGAAGAUGUCUGUCUGUGAAACUCAGGCUCAGACAAAUGAAAUGGGCUGUGGAAGGGAGGAGCUGCAUCCCCAAUUCAUUUUGUUUCCCAUGGGAGUCUGUGGGUGGCUGGUCCCUGCGCCAGUGAGCACUAGGUAUGUCUCCCCGUGGGGCUGGGAAAUUCUCAGAGCUCCCCAUCCUCUUUGUUUAGCUUCUAGCAGAGCCACCUGUGGGUUAGCUUGACCUUGGCAGACAUGCGCUGUCCAGAGGUGAGUUUGCUCUAGAGAGGAGCUCUCGUCUCGAUGUGAAACUACAGCCUAUUUGAUGUUAUGGCCUUGCGUUAUGGGGACUUUGGCUAAUGGUGAUGCCUGGAUCUUCUGACUGCUUUGCACUUGGCCAGGGUCAGUUUGUGGCCUUCUCUGUCUGCCUUGCAGUUAUGUUGCCACUAUGCUGGGUUUCUGCAUUGAUGUUGCUGGGUCCCAUUCAUAAUCCUCAUGGGAGGGAGGAUGUCUUUUUGGCCUGGUUUUAUUUCCCUGUGGUUUUGAAGGAAUCCAUGCUUUUCUUUUUGCUGUUUCUGAAGUUUCCAGUGCUGAAGGUGCUUUUAAACAAAGGUUAUGGCAGUGUGAGUGUGGACCUGAACCACUUGGACUAGGUUACAAAAUGUAGCUUCAGGUUCUUUAGAAAACCUGAUAAUGUUCCCAGGACUGGCAGCAGGCCUCCAGGGAUCUCAUGUACGCAGAUACCCUGCCUGCUUCUGGCAGUGGGAUUGGAUAUCUGCCUCCCCCACCUCCCAGGCCUGCCCUCCCUGUUCCCUGGACUGGAGGGUUGCCCUACUGCACCUCACUCCUCCUUAGAUCUAGGCAGUGCUAAGUGCUUCAAGCACAGUGGUUUUCCCACACAGCGCCAGAUUCUGCUGCCCCACUGUCCUAUGGACUCCUGGGAAUAAACUGUGUGUGCUUGUGGUGCUGGCACUCAGAGCAUGCAGCAACUCCCACUUUAAGUGAGGCCUCUGCUCUAUGUUUUUAGACUAAGCUGGAAAUGAGAGCCCACUCGGUCAUUGUACCUCCUGGUUGGUGCUCUUUAAACCACCUGUGGUAUAAAGUCAUGUGUGCUUGUACAGAAAGAGAGGAGGAACAUUUGCAGUCCAUGCUGUUCUCAGCCAGGUGGACUGUAGCUGAAAUCACAGACCUGAUGGGUACGGUGCUGCCUGCUAGUCAUCUGAGAUGUAUGGUCUGCCUGAGCUCUGCCUUAGACAUGAUCCGGCAGAUCAAGCAAUUUCAAAGAGUCAAGGAAAUUUGAGUUGAGACCUCUGGAUGCGAAGUACACUGUAUGGAUGUAAUAAAAGUUGCAAUGAGGCUUUGGGAGGAGCAGAAACCCUGUGCAAGGCUAGAUGGGCAAAAGCAAGAUAGAUCCCCUACAUGUCAUUGAGAGCUGCACACGCUGAAAGUGUAAAAGAAAACGUCACUGGAGAUUGACAACAUUCUCUCAAAAAAACAAGCCCGAAAGUCAGAAGGUUUUUUUUUUUUAAAGAUGAUACUGCUAAUCUAACUUACUCAUACUAUAAUGUGUGCAUACAUGUACAGAUUUGUGUUCCUGUUGUGGACAUUCAAAAAGCAUUAUUUUUUAAAACAAGACAAUAGAAAUUAGAAGGAUACUUUUGAAGUGUAUUUUUUUCUACCACCUUUUGCAACAGCUAAAAAUCUUUUCUUCCAUCCUUCCAUUUUUAAAAAAAGACAUUGUAAACAUGCAUUGUCAGACCAAGCCACAGUCCGACAUACCCAGGCUGUGUAUAAAUGCAUGGGUCUAGAUGUGUUAUAUAAUCACCUCUUAAAAAAUAAAUGAAACUUUUCUAAAGAAAACAUAGCUGAGCUGUUCGAGUGGAGGUUGUCUCCGAUGGGAAAUUCUGAAAAUAGUUUUCCAUCAAAGUAGGAAGGGAAGGACAUUUCAGGGUUGUUAGAAGUUUAUUUUCUGUGCAGAAAUUGGCCAGCCCUUGUUUUUGCUUUGUUUUUUGGUGUGUCUUGGCCAGCUCUUGUUUUUGCUCCACACGUCUGUUUACUGGGGGCCAUUCCUCUGGCUAUAGAGCCAUCCAAUUACUUUUGAUGGUUCCUGCCCAAACUGUGGUGGAUACAGGAACAUCUGCAAGGCCAGUGCAAACUUGCAGAGUGCAGCCAAGUUACCAUGUCCUUGGGGACCCUUCUCUACUUACAUGCCACUCCACAAACUUUGGAGCUCCUGGAAAGCCCUGAGCUCGUGUCAUGAGACGUGAGCCAGGUCCAGGGAUUAGCUUGGCCCUAUGCAAGUCACCUGGGCCUCUGCAGGAACUGCAGCAAAGUAUCAGUGAAUGCUGAGGGCAUUUUGAGUGGAGGUUACCCUGGCCAGAAGAACACAAGGAUAGCUUGUAUUGCCAUAGCCAACUAUCUGUUGUUGGAAAGCAGAGUGUGACCUGCCUGCAGAGGCCGGUAGCUCUCUCUGCCUGUGGUGGCAUCUGUGAAUAGGAGUGUCUUUCCACCCCAGAAUAAACCCUUGGUGAGUUUUGCUGCAUGCCUGACAUUGCUUUUUAAAUAAACCCUUCUCUCUGCAUAAAUCUAAGCCAUGGGAUCUCAGUCCUGACACAGAAGAGGAUGGUUUAGUUUUUUUGUUUGUUUGUUUUUUCCAGAAUACGCAAUUAAUCUGUGGAUUGCUUUGUUGCAGGACAUUGGGGAUGCCAGGAGUUUGCAUGGUCUUGGGGGACAAAUUCAUGGAGGGCUGCCAAAUACAUGGACACUGCUGGCUUAGUAAGUCACUGAGCUGCAAGCAGGUAGAAGCUGAGAGACUUAGGUAUCUGCUUUAACCCCAUGUUGACACUGGAUAUUGGGCUAGAAGGACCUUUAUAACCAUCCUAGUGGUUACAACCGAAAGUUGUAACCUAACCAUUAACCAUCAUUAUCUCUAGAUCCUGCAGCUACACCCUUGCAUGCGAAAAUGCUGGUGCACAGCAAAAGUGCUGGUGCACAGCAAAGCCACUCCCUGCACCCCUGUAUCCUGAGUUCUGGGCAUGCAGCCCCAGAAAGAGGCAUUCACAGAGAGCUUGUCGGUGUGUUGGGUUAAUGUUUAUCCCAAGCUCUAGCUUCUCUUCCAGUGGUGAGGGGGAAGGACAGAGCCGAAUGACCAGGCAUUGGCAAGGAGGGGGUGGACAACCCCCUGCAGCAGAAGCUAUCCCACAGGCUGAGCUUUUCCUCACUCAGUGCCAACCUCCUUCCCCCAUGACAGACUUAUUUAAAGCCCUGUGCUGGCUCUCUGCCCCAUCACCUCGCUUCAGGGAGAUGCCAGCCUUUGAGCCAAAGCUGUCCGCCUGUUUCUAAGGUGUUAAGAGCUCCUUUGCAGAACAUUAGCUCUGUUUUGCCUAGGGAAAUUUCAGGUGCAAAAAGGCAAACUGCUUUCCCAGGGUUCUCUAGGGCCACAGAGGCAGGGCUGAGGCAAUUUAAUCCCCUCCACAGAGUUCAACCAGAGGCUAUGGGCCACGCUUGAAAAUAGAAGUGUGAGAAUACCCCCGUACACUUUCUGCUCAGGCUUAGCAGCUCUUCAAAGAGGAAAACAGCGCACCACAUUAGUAAGUGGAAGACAAGAUACCACUAACUAUAGCAAGCACAUCUGGAGUGAGGGAUCCCCUAUCCCACUGCAGCCAGGUGCUCACUUCAGUCACACAGUCCAGUACUAGUGAGAAAAAGUCCCGGUUUCUUGCUCUUAUUAACCAAUGGCUUCCUGCCAGGUGCAAAACCUGGCUUUGAGACUCCAGUUUGUGAAUCAAUAUCUGCCCUGGUUUUAAGCUUAAUUUUUGUAAUACAAACCUUGUUGGCACAUUCUGGUGCCAAGCUGGCAGGAAGCUUGGAGACUUCAGGCAAAAUACAAGUUAACAUAGCAACACAGAGGACUCCCAGUAAAAUUAAAUUUCAAAGUCUGUUGAGAAAAAAUAAUACUAGGCCCAACAUCAGAGUCCUCUGCUUAAAGUAAUACCUUAAUUUUUCUUUAAAGUGAUUCUAUUAGCAGAUAAGUAUUGUUUGUGGUAACACUUUGAGAGGAGGAAAAAUUCCAAAAGGGAAUUAAAACCAACUGUCAUUUUUUGCUUUAGCUUCCAGUAACUUAACAUUUUUCAGCACGAUGGAAACCCUUGCACACGAAGGGAAAAUGCCAAUGCCAUGAACUCUGAAAAGACUUCCAAUUUUGAUCCUGUAAUCACAACAGCAUUUUAAAUGUCUGUAAAGCUGGUUGGUGUUGAGUGGCCCCAGCUUCUGCCCUACCCCUUACCACCUGCCAGUGUAUGUGUUACAGCAAUCUUGAACUUUGCAGAGCUGGAAAUGGCAAAAGCAGGGACAUUCUUAUUAAAUGUGAUACUAAUUGGAUUUAACUAAAUAGAGGCUUCCUCCAUGUGGCAGUCUAAUCUGACCCUAGCCAGCCUUUGGGAGGUGCAUGUAUACUACUACUAGAAGUGACCCAAGAAGGGCUCCAUCCAAACCGACCACAGCCAGGCACAUCAGGCCCCUUCUCCUCAGCAGGCUGCGAUCAUGCACUGUACGGCGCUUGUUGCAGCAGCUUCUCUUCAGUGCAGAUGUACCAGGCCAUGAGCUGCUAUAACACAGCCUCAGACUACGCCUACUUGAGGAUACUGCCUCUGCAAACUGGCCAUGCCCACAGGACCUGGCAUCCUCUGGUUACAGGAGGCAUCACCAAGCAGAAAGUGUUUUUUCUUCUGUCUCUUCAUCUUCUUCUGCAACUGAGCUCUGCAAGCCAGGACUCUGCUCCAUGGGAACUGCACCCAGCUAUGUAAGGGAUGCUUUAUGCUGUAGCUGUAUGGACACCACAAAUAUGACUACACUGAUGUAGCUCCUGCAAUGCAGAGCAGCCUCAAUGGUUUCCAGCUCUGUUCUUUGUGGCUGCCUGCAGCAGGCUGUAUGGCCAUGUGUCAUUUCUAGCUAGCAAUGGACCAACAGUGGUGUUUUUUCAUGUUUUUGUCAAGCUCCCCUUCAUGAUGAGCUCUGCUGGCUGUGGUGGUACUCUCACUUGUCAUUAAUUUUGGACAAUCUGGGGGUAGAUGUCUAAUGAUCACAUUACCCUGCUUUUGGCCUGAUUUCUGAUACUUAGGGAUGUGAGGCAGGAGAGAGCCCCAGGGCACAUUGCUCCAAAUUUUGCUUCUGGAUUGCAAAAGAAAGAGCGAACAACAGCAUUUUCUUGGAGCUGCUGGAGGCUCUUUACAGAGCACAACAAGUGCUGUGUGAGGGUGCUCUGUGGAUGGGCUAGUCGUGCUGCCAAAUCAGGCUAGGAGAGUUGUGCUGGGGAAGAGUAUCCCAGGGUCACCUCGGAGGGUUUCUUGUUCCAAGCCAGCUCCGUGGGCACAGGCUGCCGGGAGCAGUUGCUCAGGCAGGCCCUUGCUGUUGGAUCAUCAGCCGAGCAGUCCCGGGAAAGGAAAGCCAAAGAGCAGGAUCCAUCCCAGUUGCCAGGGACCCCCAUGCAGACACCAGGGUCUCAGCCAUCCAGACUUACAGACUGCAAAGGGGAAUGGGCAGCAGUUCACUUUGUUCCAGGGUCGACAUCUAAAAAAGGUCUGGGAAACAGCACUUUUGCACACCUAUUUCUCUGUAAUUACUCCUCUAGAAAAUCCUCAUGACUGACAGAGCCGGAGAUAACUACAAUGGACAGGGCUACAGUCAGGAGGAAGGUGUCCCACCCAGAACCCCAAGCAAAGACAUCUUUGUCCUCCUGCCAGUCCCGAGGUGCAAUCUCGCAUGGCUAAAUCAGGCUGAUGUAGCCCAGAGUGUGUGAAUGGAAGCACUGGUGAUGAUGUGUAUGGACCUCUUCACCUGACGAGUCCUGUAUUUCUCCUGUGGUGAAGACAUGAGCACAUGCUGGUGAGGGUGCGAAGAUGUUCCAGAUGUCUUCCCUGUACCUAGGGCAAGCCCAAUACAGCUGCUGCGAGAGCACCA